CCCAGCGGGAGGAGGAGCCACGGGCCGAUCACCUGCACCCCCUCGCCCGGGCUCCUGGCCCGUCUCAGCGCCCGGGCAGCGCGCCAGGAAGCAGGAGGAAGCCCCGCCUGCUCAUGCAGCCGCCCCGGCCCCGGCCCCGGCCCCGGCCCCAGCCCGGCCGGCUCCAGUCCUGCGGGGACCGCACACCAUGGCCAGGAAGGUGAUCGCGGUGCUGCUGCUGCUGCUGUGCGGGAUCGGCAUCGUGGGCAUCCUGCUGCUGUGGCUGCCCACCAAGGACCUGCGGGACCCGCCGGGCUUCAAGUAUGGAAUCGUUCUGGACGCCGGCUCCUCCCACACUGCCAUGUUCGUCUACAAGUGGCCUGCGGACAAAGAGAAUGACACGGGGAUUGUCAGCCAGCACAGCAUGUGCGACGUGGAAGGUGGUGGGAUUUCCAGCUAUGCCGAGGACCCCCCGGCCGCCGGCAAGAGCCUCAAACAAUGUCUCGACCAGGCUGUGAGCGACAUCCCCAGGGAAAGGCAUCCACUCACCCCCCUCUACCUGGGGGCCACCGCGGGCAUGAGGCUGCUGAACCUCACCAACUCGACGGCCUCAGACAGCAUCCUCAGCGCAGUGACCUCAACGCUGAAGUCGUACCCCUUUGACUUUCGGGGGGCAAAAAUUCUGUCGGGUGAAGACGAGGGGUUGUUUGGCUGGGUCACAGCUAACUAUCUCCUGGAGAACUUCAUCAAGUACGGCUGGAUCGGGCAGUGGUUCCGGCCAAAGAGACCCACAUUGGGGGCCAUGGACUUGGGGGGAGCCUCUACCCAGAUCACCUUUGAAACCCAGAAGCGGAUCGAGGACCCCCAGAGCGGGGUGACGCUGCGGCUCUACGGACAGACGUACAGGGUGUACACCCACAGCUUCCUGUGCUACGGCAGGGACCAGAUCCUCAGGAGGAUGUUCUCCAAGGUCAUGAAGGCUGGCAGCUACAAAACAAAUGUGUCCAACCCCUGCUGGCCCAAAGGCUAUCAAAGGAACUUCCCGCUCCAAGACGUCUACAACUCUCCCUGCACGGCAGCUGAGAAGCCUGACAGCUACGAUCCCCAACGUACCAUCGGCAUGGACGGAUCCGGGGACGCGGCCCAGUGCCGCCUGCACGUGGACAGUCUCUUCAAUUUCACCAGCUGCGGCUUCUCCAGCUGCUCCUUCGACGGGGUUUUCCAGCCCGACCUCUCGGGAAACUUCAUUGCCUUCUCUGCCUUCUUCUACACGGUGGAUUUUAUCCAGACAGUGAUGAAGAGACGCGUGGCCUCGCCAGAUGAUCUUAACGCUGCUGCCGAAGCCAUCUGCAGUGCCAGCUGGACCGAGCUGUGGCUAAAAGCCCCAAAGCAGGAGAAGUGGUUGCCGGAUUACUGCACGGUUGCCAACUUUGUUUAUCUGCUGAUCACCAAGGCCUACCACUUUGAUGAGAGCUCUUUCCCCAACAUCGCCUUCCAGAAAAAGGCUGGGGACACUUCCAUCGGCUGGGCCCUGGGCUACAUGCUGAACCUCACCAACAUGAUCCCGGCUGACGAAGUGGGUUUCCGAAAGGGCACGAACUACAGCUCCUGGGUUGUCCUCAUCCUCCUCUUCGUGGCUGUAAUCCUGGUGGCACUGGUGACAGCGUUCUGCCUGCUCCGGUCCGGCAAGCAGCACCGCACCAUGUAGGAGGUGGGCGGAAGAGGCCAAGAGACAUGGCUCCCUGGAGUUGACAUGAGCGCUACUGAUCCUGGCAGGUGACCCAACAUCCUACAUGCUUCAGAUGUGAGCGUUUCCUGGAGGCCCUGUCCCUCCCCGCUGCCUGUUUGUAGCCCCGAGGGAAACCAGUCCUGUUGCCUUUCUUUUGUCCCUGAUUGGAAGCCGGAGAAGCGGACAGAAGAGGAGAACUGACACCCAGGGAGUUGCAUGAGGAGCAAAUGUAAAUGGUUUCCUAGUGCAUCCCCUUUGGUGCAUCCUGGAGCAGCGUCAGAGCCUGGAUAGCCAAAUCCGGGGCAUCCUCCUUUGCCUGCCAGCAGACGGAGACCAGACACAAAGUAAACGGACAGCAACAGCCAGCAGGCAACUGGCUCUGUGCAAAGGAAGGGAGGUUUUUAUACUCACAUCCAAGGGGGUGGGGUUCAUGGUGGAGAGGGUUACUUACCUAAGCAUCUCUGGAAGGCUUUUCCCUCCAGCCCCCCUACCUGGAGACCUGUCCUAUCCCUUCCCGGGAAUUUGUGACUUGUGGUCCUGGGUGUUAUCCAUGGACCUGCACUAUCCUCCUUGAGCAAGGACCAAAUCACAGCCCCCAGGAAGUCUCUGGGAGUUUGGCCAUUGAUCUCAGUGCUAUUCGGCUCUCCCCAGGCCCGGGAAGCCCCUCCAUCUCUGCAGAGCAGUGUUGCCCAGGACAGGCUCUGACAAUCUGGGGGGGCUUCCACUCUUAGGACCACAACACAGUGUGUGGCCUCUUUUGUUUGUUUACAAUUGGCGCUGCUCCUAGCCAAUCCUGCCUGCCGAGGGGGAAGUUUUAAGAUUUAGGGUGGGGGUGGAGCCUGAGCAGGUGUGUAAUUCAACAGGGGGUGCCCUGGGUACCUUAGGGAGCAUUGUAAACCAUCCCCCUGGCAUGAUGGAGAAAAUUCUCAGGGCUCCCUCGCACAGCCCUGAGACCUUCUCUGAGCUGCCAGCUAAGACACACCGGGGCAGGGCAUGUUGAGACCCAAACCCUCCACCCCCACAGGGCCGGUGCAAGGAGGUUUCACACCCUAGGCGAAACUUCCAGCUUGCGCUGCCCCCCUUCCCCCACCCUGCGGCAGCUCCCCUCCGCCGCCCCCUCCCCUCGGCCCGGGGAGCCCCCCCGCAGCAGCUCCCCACCGCCGCCCCCUCCCCUCGGCCCAGGGAGCUGCAUGCAGCAGCUCCCCAUCCCAGCUCACCUCCGCUCCGCCUCCUCCCCGAGCACGCCACUGCUUCUCCCGCCUCCCAGGCUUGCGAUGCCAAACCAGCUGUUUGGCGCACAAGACUGGGAAGGAGAGAAGCAGAGCGGGGCGGAGCUCAGGGGAGGAGGCGGAGCAUAGGUGAGCUGGGGCGGGGAGCGGUUCCCCUGUGCACCCCCCCCCCCGUUACUUGCUGCAGGCGGCCCUCCCCGUGCCCCAGCUCGCCUCCGUGCCACCGCUCCCAACCACUUGGCACCCUAGGAGACCGCCUAGUUUGCCUAGUGAUUGCACCGGCCCUGCACCCCCUGCCUGAUCAGCCUGGGGACAGGGAGGGUCUGUCUUUAGUUCUAGAUAAGAUCAGACAGAGAUUUGUGUGUUUUAAUGAUCACAAAAACUAACAACGUAACUAUGUAAACCCACAGGAGGAUUUUAGAUGAAACAGCAAAUAACCUUUGUUAAAGGGAAGCUACCCCGAGACAGCGGUAGGGUGGUGGAGACUGUAUAACACUGAGCUCUUCCAAACGUUUCCUGAGGCAGAGCUCCGAGCUUGCAGCAGAGCUGCUGUGACUGGAUGGGAUUGCACCCCUUGUAAGGACAACAGGCAGCCUAUGCGAUAGUUAUGCCUUUGGGGAGCUCAGUUGACGGUGUCACCUCUGUCGGGGGUUCUCAAAAUAUUGUGCGGCUUAGCCAAAGCACAGAGCUGGCACUUCUGUUUCUGAGUGCUGAAAUACACACAUUUCCAAAGAAGUGGAAGAGAAAUUGCUGCUGAUAAAAUCCAGGUCAAUAUUUGAAAAUUUGAAAUGUCAAGACUGUGUAACAUUCUCUUAUCAGGAUGGAAAGAUCAGCUCUCUGCAGAGUAAGAGCUUAUACUAAAUAUAAUUGCACAGUGGUGAAAUUAUCACAAACUAUAAUCCCACUAAUAAAUUUAUAUCCUCAGUCUGUUCACUAAGCAGGUGAUUUCACUACUCAGAUGGUAGGGAUGCUGCAGUUUGCCAGUCCAGUUACAUGCCAAUCAAUUUAAGCAACAAUGGAAGAUCUAUUCCAAUCAGAACCGCAGGGAUGGUGUAGGGAGAGUACACCCAGCAAUAACUCUGCGAUUACUGUUUGGAAGUUUAGACACUUAGUUACAAAAAAUCAGUUUAAACCAAAAUGGCCUUCCCCGCUACUCAUAACCCAGAGCUAAUCAUCUCCUCCCUAAGUCCACAAAUAUUGAACGCUCGUACCACAGACUGACCCUCACUCUCUGCGUGACACAGUUUAAUGUUGUUUCGAGUUUCUCCCCAAUACACGUAACAAACAUGAUAGGAACUGCAGCCCAGGGGCCGGAUUCCUGCGAAUCCCUCUGCUGCUUUACUUUACACACGUUAAACCAGUGACGCUCUGUUGCUCUAAAAAAAUUCACUUUCCGCUUCUGUAUCCUUUGCCUAAGAAGUCAUCGCUUUUUUGUAACCACAUCCCAGGACGGGUUUUGGCUUUGACUGCGCUAAAGGGGGGUGCUCGGUCUCUAAUUGCUUUAGUCUGCUGGGCAGCACAGGGCCAGUUCAAUCAACUUUACAGCGAAGUCUUGAAACAAGUUUUGUGCCUCAGACCUUUUCAGUCACUGGCUGAUUUUGAUUCCUUCUGUGGCUCACCCCGGCUCAGCCCCAUUUCCAGUGAGGAGAUGGCGCUGUCCGAGGGCCAGCUCUUUAGCUGCCACUUUUAGCAAGCCAAUCAGACAAACGGAGGCAGUUCUCUUGUGAUUUGACAACUGGACAGCCGUUGUUCUGGGCGUAUCUUCAGGACAAGAGAGUUCUUUACUUGAAACUCCAGUGUGGAUUUUUCCAAUGUGCAGUUCAGACCCAGUGAGAUACCUACUAGGGACACCCUGUUUUUACUGACAGUGGGUGUUUUUUAACAAACCUCUUCAUUUUCCUCAGGGGCUCUGGCCAGCCGCUGAGAUGGCAAGUCCCCACCAAUGACUGUCCCCUAACAAACAGGGCCAGCUUUGACUCUGCUCUUCAGACAAUCUGGCCGCGUUCCUUGGACGGGUUGUAGACUUGGUCCAGCUCACUCCUCCAGAUUACUUUUACAAAGGAGGGGAUGACGCUGUGGGUGUCUUUACUCCUCCUUUGUAGACAACCCCAUUCUGCAGCACAAACCCACAUAGCGGGGCUGGCCAUGCAAAGAGAAGUGGAGAACAGGAGGCUUCUCCCUGACCCAUGGUAGCCAACGUUGGGUGAUUACUUGCCCCUCACUGACUCCAUCAGUUUGCCUCUCUUCUGCUCAUGAAACUUUUAUUAAAACAAGAUGGAAAUGUUA